ACUGCCCUGGAUGAGAAGGAAAGAGAAGUAAUAGCUUCUUCCCAGAAACUGCAGGACCUCCUGUUGACAUCUUCCGGGACUCAUACUACUAUAAAGCAACUGGAAGAACACGUGCAACGCCUCGAAAUUGAAAAUGCCAGGUUGGAAGCCACAGUCCAGCAACAAAACAACAGGAUUGAAGCCCUUCAGAGAGACCUGCAGGCCUCUGCCUCAGUUCAUAGCCGCCUGGAAGACUUGAUAACUGGCUUACGGACAACACAGGCAGCUGCAGAGGACCACCACCAGCAGCAGAUGCAAAAGCAGGAUGUGCUGGCUCUGACAUCAAAGGACUUGCACAGCAUGUGGGAAGAGCAAUUGAAGUCAAGGUCCCACCUUGAAGAGCGUAUUGCUCAGCUUGACAGGGAAAAGGCUGAACUCUUGGAACAGCGUGAGACUGAAAGAAAGAAAGUGAAGAAGCUGGUAGAGUUGAAACGCCCAGUUGAACUGCGUCUGGACCAAGAAAUGAAAAGAAAUAUUGAACUGCAGAAAGACUGUAAGAGGUUGAAGAGGCUCCUGAGCAGAGCUAUGAAGAAAUUAAGGGUGUAUGAGGAGAGAGAGAGAGAGUCCCACCUUAAUUUGCAGGGAGAAAUGAAGAACAGGUAUUCUGAAAUGGUCAAUGAAGUUGGUAGAUUAAGAAUAAAGGUUGGUGAACUAUCCCAGCAGCUGGAGAUAGAGUCUAAAAAAUGCAUGCAGCUAGAAGCACAAAAUCAGGAUUUGCAAGAAGAGUUGUCCACUGUGCGUGGGAACUAUGAAAAACUGGAGAAGAGCAAAUGUCAGCUGAAAGAAGAGGUGGCCAACCUCAAACAUCGUUUGGAGACUAACAUGGUGGAUCACAGCCAAAUAGAGCAAUAUAAGAGAGAGAUGGAGGAACGAACCGGACAGGAAAUAAGACAAAAACUACAAGAAGUCAAUCUGUUUUUGCAGUCGCAGGCAGCCUCCCAAGAUAGACUAGAACAAAUCAGAGCCAGUCAUCAUGCUUCACUGAGAAACCAGCUAAAACACAGAAUUAGAGACCUCGAAUGUGAAUUGGACAGAAUAAAAAAUACUCAACAAGACAGUAUUUUUCAAAAAGAAUCCACGCAGGCAGAAGUAGAAAGGUACAAAGAGCUGUAUCUGGAGGAAGUAAAAAUUAGAAAAUGCCUAGCAAAUAAACUGGAAAGAGCUAAUGAGAAACUAGCAGAAGCCAAUGCUAAGCUCCUUCAGGAACGCCAUAGAAGCAAAUCUUUAAUCGCAAGCAGCAUUGUCAGUGGAGGUCUGGCUGCAAGUCCAGUUCUGUAUUCAACUGAACUGGGACAUCUUGGCAACGGUUUGGCACUGAACAGAAGUCUAAGUCUAGGGGGAAGCUUCCUAAGUCCAACUGGGAACGCGUUAUCAUCAAGAAACAGGGUUGAAGCCUAUGUGGCUAAGGUACGACAGGAACUGGAUGAAAAAAUCACUAAAGAACUUGAACAAGCCACUGCUGAACUUGAAACUGGAUCUGCUGGAGUGUCUCCCAUGGUAUCUACGGAUGGAUCUUCAAAAAAUUUCCAUGUUGACCAGGAUCCCCUUUGCAGGGCAAUACAGGAGUACCGUGAUGUUUUAACCAAAAACUAUCUAAUUUGAACAAAAUGCUAGAGAGAGGCUCUGGAAAUAAUUUUGUUUGCAUAGUGCAUCCAUGGCCUCAUCCCAUGGUUCAGGUGUGAAAACAUGUUUAUUGCAGUCUGAAUAUAAAUUCUAUUAAAUGAAUGUCAAGCACAUUGCACUUACCUGUUGGUUUAUUGAUGCAUAGUUGGUUUAUUUUGCGUUCACAAUAAGAAGCAUAUCUAUUUUUUGUGACUGGCAGAUUGACGAAUCUUGAUUGUUGAGCUUGGCAGAACUGUCAAAAUGUUUCUGAUUAAGGUAGAUGCAUUAUUUUGCUCUACUCGUGUUCUGUGUUUUAACAAAAGCAUUCCCUUUGUCCU